UACUCUAUUCCUAGCACGAAUACACGCACUGGACUCAGACACUGUUCUGGACAACGUGUGUAAAUAAGACAAGUUGGAGUGGGCGUGGUUCAUGAGGAAAAGCGAAACUAUAGUAAAAGUCUAACUUCCUGAUUGUCGACAAUGGUGUUGUCUCAACAAAUGUCAAGAAAAGGCUGCAAAAGUUAGGCUUGAAUGUAGGACCAGUCUGGACCACUUCAGGCUCUGCUGAUAAUCAACCAUCACCAGACUGCAGUAUUACAGGUAUAUGUAACUGCAUGGGUUUAUAUGCAUUGGUAGUAAAGGACAGUUAACAAUGUAUCUUGGAAGUCUGUCCUAAUAUAUUUGGAUACUCUUUGGUCUGGUAUUUAACCAAGAAACAGUGGAGGUUUGAAGCCCAUUUCAGAUGAUUGGAUGAGAACAAUUGUAAACCGUAAAAAUGGGGAACAGCAUGUGCUGCCCAAAAUCAAACCCAUGUGAUAUCACAGUUGAUGAAACGCAGGGCCUGCUGAACUCACCUGAUUCAAAGGUUUCAUCAAGGCCAAUAACGACUGAUGGCAUCUGCCAAUCACUGGAGGUAGAGGAGAGCAAAAAUGAAGCAGAAUGCAUAAGACACAAACAAGAACAAGAUGUAGUCACCACACAACCAAUAGCAGCUCCCAAGUCAGCUGAGGAGCCUGCACAGAGUUCUUAUUGUUCUGUAAUCCAGAGUCUCCACACUGAAGUCUCCCUCACUGCACAAGCCAACCAAAGUGCCUCACCUGUGACAAAAGUGAUAGAGGAACAAGUAGAUGCAGCUGCUACAGCCACAGAAACAAAAAAGGAAGAUGAGACUACAAAAGAGUCCACCACUUCUGCCACUGAAAUCACUGAUGUAUUGGAAGUUAAAGCAUCAAUAGAACUGGCUACUGAUGAGGUGAAAGAGGAAACAGAAGCUCAAAUAACCAACACACUGGAAAACGAGGAAAAAACAGACGAGCCCAUGUUGUUGAUACAGGAUGCAAAGGAAGAUGUUCCUACUGGUGAGCUGCAUGAUGCGCAGGUGGACACACAGAACAAGGUUGCAGAAGACAAUACAGAGAAGAGGCCAGAGGAAGCUGAUGAAAAUGAGGAUUCUGCUGAGAUGAAUAGAAAGAAAGAAGCUGGUGAGGUUGAUACUGAGAACGAGGAGCUCAAAACACCUGUAGAGGUUUUACCUGACAUGGAUAUCCUGCAAACCAAAGAGCCAGUUUUGAAUAACUCUGUAAUUAAUGAAGUUGAAGAAAAAGGACUACUGACUCCUGUAGAUAUAAGAGAGAAGAGUGCAGAUACUUUAUUACCAGAAAUGUCUAGUGCAGAACCUCUGGUAUCUUUAUCACAGGCCUCAUGUGAAGCAGCAAAAACAGCUUUAGCAACUGAAAAAUCAGUUGCUGAUAAAUUGCUGGAAAACCAUGAUAUUUCCAACAUGUCUGAAAUGAACACAGACAUCUUACCUCCUAAAACUCAGGAAACCCCAGAGCAGGAGUCCACACCAACAGUGAAAAUUAGUGACGAAUCCACUGUGAACAACUUAGAAAAUGGCGAAGAGGAUAAUUUGUCCAGUGGUGAUUUGAAAGAUGAGAACUUGGCUGACGUGGAUGUAGAAGUACCUCAUCUGAAUGAGAGGAAACCAUCUGAGGAACCUUCAUAUGUUGAGAAUCAAGAGCUGAUGUCUGAACCCCCUGCCACCAGUAAGAGUGGCAGCAUUUCAGAGGAGGUGGAGAAACCAGAGUCCACAGACACUGCAGAAGUCAAGAACACAAUCACUGAGUUUAUCACAAAGGAAGGAGAUGUUGAAGAGGAAGCUAUUCAGAAUGGUUUGCACAAAUGUGCUCCUGUAGAGAAGUCUGAACCUACAGAGAAGCCAGGUGAACAAGAUAUUGAAAAUGAGCCUGAAACCAACGCCACUGGUCCAAGUGAUGCAUUCUCAUUAGAUCAUGACCUCACAGAAAAAAUGCAGCCAGCACCUGAGGCGAGUGAGAAUGAUGAGAUAACAGCAGGAGAUGAAAAAGAGAAUGCAGAAAGCAACCAGGCCCAAAAAGGAGAGCUUACCUUUACCAGUAGCCAUGACAUGAAAGUUGCACUGAUUCCUGUGAGUGACAUAGAAAACAUUGCAGAGAAGGAGAUGGAGCACGAGGACAGUGAAGACCUCUACCGAGGAGAUGAUGAGAUUGAACAAGAGCAGGCCAAAGAAAUGAGACUGAUGCCGAUCAUGGAGUUUACAAUCCCCGGAGUGGAGGAGAAGUGUAGCUUAGCCGCUCCUGUUGACAUUUUGGCCUACAGUGAGAGGGAGUGGAAGGGAAAUACAGCCAAGAGCAAUCUCAUCAGAAAGGGCUACUCUGAGAUAUCUUGUAGUUUUACUGGGCUGAGGAGAGUAAGGGGAGACAACUACUGCUCUCUGAGAGCUACACUAUAUCAGGUGCUGGCAACAACACCACACACACCAGCCUGGCUACUGGAGGAAAGUUUCACAUCGUUGCCAGAAAUAAUUGAAGCCCAGGAGCACUUGAUAGGUAUGUGGGUGUUUCCUCCAAAGUGUGUCAAAGCUGGAGAGAAGGAGGAUGCUGUGGAGAAACUUAAACACUAUCUGGAACUCCUGCAGAAAACAUGGCAGGCAGCAGCAGAGUCAGAGACCCUAGAGGAAAAGCUGGGCUUGUGUGAUCAUGUAUUUCAGGGUGGAGAAGAAGAGUACGCUCUACUGGAGGUGCUGAAGUUCCUCAUGCUGGUGAAAGCAGUGGAACUUCACAAACAAAUGCAGGCACAACAGGAUGUGCCUGUCUUCUGCUGGCUACUGUUUGCCCGUGACACAUCUGAAAACCCCAAAAUGUUCUUCAGCAAUCAUUUGAGCCAAGUUGGGUUCAGUGGCGGCCUGGAACAGGUGGAGAUGUUUCUGCUCGGUUAUGCCUUACAGCACACCAUUCAAGCCUUCCGCCUCUACAAGACUGACACAGAGGAAUUUGUGACACACUACCCUGACGACCACAAACAUGAUUGGCCCUGUGUGUCUGUCAUCACAGAGGAUGACCGCCAUUACAAUGUUCCCGUUAGGAAGCCGACACAAUACAGACUGUAACAUUUUUGUGUUCCGCACCUGAUUAUCAGGAUGUCUGGAAAAGUGGUUGGAGGAAGAAAAUUAUGACAUCACCAUGCUCUGCCUUCGCUUGAGUAAUUAUUAAUAGAAUAUCUGGGAGAUCAUUGGCUGUUAACAAGAUCUGAUUGGAGGAAUAGAGUUAAGGUGAAGAACUUUAAUUAGUAGAAAAGAAUAUUUGUUUUUAACAUUUGCUUGCGUUUGCUUAAAGUUGUUAGCAGCUUGGCUGAAGUUAACAACGCUAACAAAAGCACUCAGGUUUUUUUUUGUGCAAUUCAUUGACUGAUAUGUUUAGAUUUUGUAUUACAGUGAGUUUAUGAUCAAUUAUUAAUUUAUACAGUUGCAUUGUUCAGAAUGAAAUUACACAUAAUGCUUACAAAAAUACCAUUCAGGUGUUUACUAUAAAACUGUUUUAAACCCUCUGACAGUUGCAAGUGUAAAUAACGUCGCCAACACUGACACAAGCUGACCUUAAUGAGAUUGCUCUGAGACACAAAAUUCAGCUUCAUGAACACAUCCACAAAAAAGCCCUGAUAUAGUAAAAGCUUUUUGUGCUCUUCUUGAUUUAUAUCCUUCAUCAAAACAUCAUAUCUGAUAUUGGACCAAGAAAAUCCAUCUUUUUUAGACAGAGGUCAAAUGAGAGGUCAUGGCUGUAUACAGUGAUUCCUGAUUCUUGUCACAUUCUUCCACAUUCUUGUUCAUGUUUCAGAUCAUCAAAGAAAUGUAAAUAUUAGUCAAAGAUAACAUGUCAACACAACAUGCAGUUUUUAAGUGAAGGUUAUACACAGUACAACCUUACAGUAAAACAAAAUCCAAACCUACAUAGCCCUAAAAAAAAAAAAAAGUAUUUGCCCCUAAACAUAACUGUUUGGGCCAUCCUUAGCAGCAAGAACUGCAAUCAGGCGUUUGCGAUAAUUUGCAGUGAGUCUGUUACUGCGCUGAGGAGGAAUAUUGGCCCACUCAUCUUUUGUUUUUACACGAUUGUUGUAAUACAGCCACAUUGGAGGGUUUUUGAGAAUGAACCACCUUUUUAAGGUCAUGCCACAGCAUCUUAAUAUGAUUCAGGUCCGGACUUUGACUAAGCCACUCCAAAGUCUUCAUUUUGUUUUUCUUUCGUCGUACUAUAUAUGUGACAAAUAAAAUUUGAAAUUGGGAUCCUCAAGAAGUUUUCUGGCAAAUCUGAGGGGAUCCGUUAUGUUAUUUUUGCUCAGCAACGGUUUUUGUCUUGGAACUCUGCCACGCAGGCCAUUUUUGCCCAGUCUCUUUCUUAUGGUGGAGUCAUGAACACUGACUUUAACUGAGGCAAGUAAGGCCUGCAGUUCUUUGGAUGUUGUUUUGGGGUCUUUUGUGACAUCUUGGAUGAGUCGUCGCUGUGCUCUUGUGGUAAUUUUUGUCUGCCAGGUACUCCUGGGAAGGUUCACCUCUGUUCCAUGUGCCAUUUGCAGAUAAUGGCCCUCACUGUGGUUCGCUGAAGUCCCAAAGUUUUAGAAACGGCUUUAUACCCUUUUCCAGACUGAUAGAUCUCAACUACUUUCUUUCCCAUUUGUUCCUGAAUUUCUUCAUCUCAGCAUGAUGUGUAGAUUUUGAGGAUCUUCUGGUCUACUUCACUGUCAGUCAGGUUUUAUUUAAGUGAUUUCUUGAUUGCGAACAGGUGUGGCAGUAAUCAGGCCUGGGUGUGUCAGGUGUGAUAACCACAGGUAAGUUAUGUUUUAACAGAUCCAUGUGGGUUUGGAUUUUGUUUUCAGUUAAUAAUAAAAACCUUCAUUUUAAAACUGCAUGUUGUGUUUUACUUGUGUUACCUUUGACUAAUAUUUAAACUGGUUUGAUGAUCUGAAACAUUAAAGUGUGACAAACAUGCAAAAAAAUAAAAAAAUCAGGAAGGAGGCCAACACUUUUUCACAUCACUGUAACUAUAUGUAGAGAUGGGUGACAAACGAAAAAACUGCACCACUGUUGUGGUAUGAGGCAUGUUGCACUCAUUCAUAGACACUGCUUAUCCCCUUAGUACGAAGCAGGACUGGAAAUCAAUAUGAUGCCAUUCUCACUUAAACCUUUAAACCUCUGAUGAAAGAUUUCUCUCCUGAUGGGAGUGGACUCUUCCACCAUGACUCCGCCGCCGACUCACUAUAGGACUUGAUGAAAAUGAAAUCACACUUCGCUUCUACCGACAAACCGGCAGUUCAGGUGAUGUUCCUCUCUCCAGUAAACAUCAAAAAUUUGCAUAACGAUAAAUUUAAGUAUGUACACAUAUUUAUCCAUCGCCUUUGCUAAAUAGUAGAACUGAACUUCUGAGCUACUUUGUUAUUCAUCUUAACACAGGUUGCAAAGUUCAACAUGUGGAGUCUUAAGGCUAUAGUGCCAAAUAUUUUUAAGGGGAAACUUUAAAACCUUAAUUCCAUUUACUGUAUAAGGCAUUGUCUGCUGUUUUAGUGUUGUUUUACACAGACUACACCAGAUGUUCCGUUCAGGCCACAAGGAUAUCAGCCAUUCCUCAUGUUUUCUAUGACUCCCCAAACAUCUGAACUGUGUAAUCAAGGGCUGUGGAGCAAUUUUUUUUUUUUUUUUCUGCCUCCAAAAUGCUUCAAGCUGGAAGAGGAAAAAAAUGAACUACAUUGCUGAUAUUGAUUGUUGGAUUAAGGAACUCUGGUAGUAACUAGUUUAUUUAGGAGGCUUUCACAAUGGCAGUUUAGUCAGAAACAGAUCAUGGUUCGCAUAAUAUAUUGGUAAUGUGAAAUUUGUCAUGUGGACCAUGAAUCACAGUGCAGUACUGAACCUGAGACUUCCUGUAGGACGAAGCGUGAGUUCGGUUGCACUGGAACUGUCACGAUUCUCAUGAACGUGAACACAACCCAUGCUCAGAUCCGCACUUGUUCAGGAAGUAAUGUAACCUGUGCAUGUGUUUUAGACGAUGACGACAUCAUUUGUUUUCAAAACAUACGUGUAGCAUGAGUGGAGGGGAACAGUGUGGGACAGAGAUGCCUUACCUUACUUUAUGAGCACCAAUAUAACAUGAUGAGUCACACUGUGUUCUCCAUGCACAUGUGGCACCAUAAAUACACCAGGGUUUAAAAGAAUAAACUGAAUCUGAACCCAGACCAGUGCUGUGGGGCAUCAGGAACAUUCACAUUGAUUUAGACCAUGCCCAUUGUAAAAACCACCUCAGCUGUAUUUCAUUGAUAAAACAUUUUUUAAUGCUGAUCAAUAAAUGAUUCAUUAUGACAUUUUAUUGCUUCAGUUAAAUCUGUCUGGAACUAAUUUUUAAUGACUCUUCCAGUCACUAGAACACAGCGUUAUCCGCUCAGUAACAACCUCGCCCUUUUGUUCAGUAGCUCGCUUUCUAGAAUCAUCUGAUUCUCUUCUUAUGUUUCAUGUGGACUGCGUUCAUUAGCUGUUUAAAUAAAAUGAAACCUGACUGUUGUGUCACUUCUUACUGCUGUUUUAAUUCUGUACUUUAUUUUCUAUCAUGUCAUCAUGUAAUAAUUUUGUUGAGUUAUGUUCGUCAGAACCAAAAUGUCUGUCAGUAUUACUACUUUGUCAUGUCUUGAUCAUUUUAAUGAAAUUCAAUGUAAAAUGUUUAAAUGGUGCUGUAGAAAAUGACAGUCUUACGUACAGACACUUUUUUUUAGACCACUGUGUUUAUCAUACGGCAUGUUUUUAGCUUCAGGAAAGAAAUGACAGCAACCUUUGACUUAUACUUAGCCUUAUAGUCUGGUUCAGUACUGUGAAGAAAAUGGAAAGAAGCCCAGUUAAUAGACGUUUUUUGUGAUGUUGAAGAAGCUUUCUUUGUUUGUGGAAAGAUUUUAUGAAUAUUGUUUACAUCAAUAGUUGAACCAUGAGAUCUUAGCCACUUUGUGACUCAACAGACUUUUAUUAAUAUCAUUUGUUCAUAUAGAUGAUGCAAAAUAAACAUGCAACUACUUUCUGGCCCUACUGCUACUGCUGGAAUUAUUAAAAAAAUAAACUAUGAGCAUCGCCUUCUGACUAUAUGUUCAGAAAUAAUUGGCAUCACUGUGUAAAUGUAGCUGUCUUCAACGUACAAAAUGUUUUCUUUAAAGUUAACAAGAUGAUGCUUGUCGAAAAUGCAGUUCAGCUGGGGAAAAAACUACAAUGUGCACUAUAGUGUGCGAUGGCUCCUGUCAAUCAUUCCCUCCAGGAUUCAUAGUCUUUUGGAAUUGUUACAGCCAAAAAUGUAUGACAUGAAUGCUGCUGCUUUUUUUUUUUUUUUUUUUUU